UCUUAAUCUCCGUCAACAAUGUCAAGUCCUAUUCGACCGCCGAGGACUCCUGCCCCUCAAGAUGAUCGUUCACCGAAUGGCUCACUGAGCCGCACACCGAGGCGGCAACCUCAGACUCCAACUUCCAGGACUCCCUCGGUCGCCGGAACACCCAGAGUUGCCGGCUCUGCCAGACAAGGUACACCUCAGAGAAGACCAGGUAACCAACCUAUAGACACCCCGUUACGAUGGGGCAACCGUCAAACACAAGAGACCAUUGCACCGUCGUCAGAAGGCUUAUCAUCUAUGCCACUGUCUUCUCCGAAUCGACAACUACAGACAAGUCCUCUUGCUACUGGUAUGAGUGACAUAGAACUGUCGUCUCCACUAAAUUAUGGAACUCCUAGUUCCUUGGCAUCGAUUCGUACUCCUCGUAGUGGUGUCAGGGGUACACCAAUGCAACAGAGACCAGACGUCCAAUCUGACAGACGCGUGCGGCAAGUUAACGUGCAUGAAACUAUACUAGAGAAUGAUGAAGACAGAGAUAGGACGUCUGAGGGUGAGACUGGCCCACAAUUGAUAAUCUGGGGCACAAGUGUCAUAGUGGAUUCUAUCAAGCAGCAAUUUAGACGAUUUAUUACAUAUUUUAUUGAUCCAGAAGCAGAGAAUGAUGAAUUACCUGAAAACAUGAAUCUAUCAGAACCGCUCUACAUACAGAAACUUGAAGAGAUACAUAUAUUAGAAGAACCCUAUUUAAAUAUAAACUGUGCUCAUCUCGAGGCUUUUGACUCACAGCUUUGUAAUCAGUUGGUAUUGUAUCCUCAGGAAGUUAUACCAGCAUUUGAUUUAACUGCGAAUGAAAUAUUUUUUGAAAAAUUCCCUGGGGCAGCAUUGGAACAUUCCAUUCAAGUACGUCCUUAUAAUGUUGUAAGGACCACGAGUAUGCGUCUUCUGAAUCCAGAAGACAUAGAUCGAUUAAUUACAAUUACUGGAAUGGUUAUUAGAACAUCAAAUAUCUUGCCGGAAAUGCGUGAGGCAUUCUUUAAAUGCAUUGUAUGCUCCUUCACGACAACUGUGGUCAUUGACAGAGGUCACAUAGCCGAGCCCACAGUGUGCACUCAUUGCAACAAUAAUUUCUGCUUCAGUUUGGUACACAAUCGUAGUCAUUUCACCGAUAAACAAAUGAUCAAGUUGCAAGAGUCACCGGAUGAUAUGCCAGCUGGUCAAACUCCUCAUACAGUAGUACUUUUUGCACAUCAUAAUCUAGUUGAUGCUGUUUCACCAGGUGAUAGGGUUUCUGUCACUGGUAUCUAUCGCGCUUUGCCGAUACGCGUUAAUCCUCGGCAAACCAACGUACGGGCCAUCUACAGGACACACGUUGACGUUGUUCACUUUAGAAAACAAGAUUCAAAGCGAUUGUAUGAACAAGAGGAUGGCAAGCGCCAUGCAUUUCCGCCAGAAAGAGUGGAGUUGUUAAAAUUACUGUCAGAAAAGGAGGACAUAUAUGAACGAUUGGCGCGGCACAUUGCUCCUAGCAUCUAUGAGAAUGAGGAUGUCAAGAAGGGUAUAUUGCUACAAUUAUUCGGUGGUACGAAGAAAGAGCAAAACGAACGAACUAAGAAAUAUUUCCGGUCUGAAAUUAAUAUACUUCUAUGCGGGGAUCCGGGUACAAGUAAAUCACAACUGUUACAGUUUGUCUUCAAUUUGGUACCGCGCUCACAGUAUAGCAGCGGAAAGGGUUCCAGCGCUGUGGGCUUAACCGCCUUCGUAACGAAAGAUCCGGAAAGCCGUCAAUUAGUAUUGCAAACUGGCGCUCUGGUGCUUGCAGAUAACGGUAUCUGUUGCAUCGACGAAUUCGAUAAAAUGAACGAUAGUACACGCUCGGUACUGCACGAAGUUAUGGAACAACAAACACUGAGUAUUGCGAAAGCAGGUAUCAUUUGUCAGUUGAAUGCGAGAACCAGUAUUCUAGCAGCGGCUAAUCCUUGCGAGUCGCAGUGGAAUAAAAAUAAGACAGUAAUAGAGAACGUUAUGUUGCCACACACAUUGAUGUCACGUUUUGACUUAAUUUUCCUCAUGUUGGAUCCCCAAGACGAAAUAUUUGACAGGAAACUUGCCAGGCAUUUGGUAUCGUUGUAUUAUAAAUCUGAUUUAGAAGAAGAAGACGACAUUGUGGAUAUGAGUAUUCUGCGUGAUUACAUAGCUUAUGCCAAGGAACACGUACAACCUUCUCUUAAUGAGGAGAGCCAACAAAGAUUGAUCCAAGCUUACGUCGAUAUGCGUAGAGUAGGCAGCGGUCACGGACAAAUUACGGCUUACCCGAGACAAUUGGAAUCGCUGAUAAGACUCGCCGAAGCGCACGCUAAGAUGCGAUUCAGCAAUGUAGUGGAGAUCAUGGAUGUCGAGGAAGCUUGGAGAUUACAUCGUGAGGCAUUGAAACAAUCUGCUAUCGAUCCACUGAGUGGUAAAAUCGAUAUUAGUAUCUUGACGACUGGUAUGUCAUUAGCAGCGAGAAAACGAAGGCAAGAGCUAGUAGAGACGUUGAAAAAGCUUAUCAAGAGUAAGGAUAAAGUACCGACAUUAAAUUAUCAGAAGAUCUUCACGGAAUUGAAAGAAUCAUCUAGCACGUUGGUGACGCGCGAGAUGUUUGAGGAUGCUCUGAAAGAGUUGCAGGAUGAUGGUGUUGUGAUUGUAACAGGAAAAAAUUCCAUUCGUGUUUGUUAA